CGUCUCUGUCUUGAACAAGUUCAGACAGAAGUGAAGGUGUGGCGGGCGGCGGUCAUGAGGAGGAGGGCGAUGUGUGCCAUUCAAGUGUCACGGGUGGAGACUUAAUGGAACUUUUCCUGAUGACUAUAUUUUCCUUCCGCGAGUCUUUUCAAUGAAUGUCCGAGGCCAUGAAGUGUUGUAGAAGGAGAGAGGUCUGAGUCCGCAAAGAACAAAUCUGGAGACAGCCGCAGCAGGUUGGAUUUCCUUCGGGAACAUAAAUCGGCAUUACUGGAUCCGGAAUCUUUAGGUCAUGCACAUGUCGCUCAUGAAAUUCGGAGGAAUCUGACUAUCUGCCAUGGAGAAAGUUUAAUAACUGCUUGACGAAGAGUCGGUAUUUAACGAAACCCAGGCGAAAAAGCCGGAUACAAAGUUGGGAAUGACAGAAGAUUAAGAUCGCUGUGCUUCUCUGCAGCUCUGAUCUCUUCUUAACCCUUUUAUCUCAUUUCUGGCCUUGUACUUUUCUUUUUCACAUUUUUGCAGCACUUCCUUUCCUACCCUAUUCCGCCACUUCUCAUACAGCUACCAUGCGCAGAUUCAGCUCAGAGGGAUCCCUCCUGGAUCUCGACUUCUUCCCGUGGAAGAGAGUGACAUUGACAAACCCACACUUUAGUGAGAACAGGGAGUCUGGCACCUACACACCUUACAUAAAGGAAGAUGAGCUGGACGGGAGCUCAUCAGGCCUGACUCCCACCAUCCAGGAGCCCAGAGCGAGUCACGCCGAGGCGAGGAUGAAGGAGCUCACCAAGCAGCACAGCAUCAGCACCGAGAACCUGAAAGAGCUGGGGAAACUGAACAAGAGCCUUCUCGGAGUUUGUGUCAUCAGUGAAGGCUGCAGGGCCUACAGUGACAGCCAACUGGCCUCGACCACCACGGGCAGCACAGAGAGCAUUGAGAGAGAAUAUCUGCCUACCCCGUCUCCUACUUCCUCCCCCAAACCCUUCUCCUUCAAAUCCCAGCAGAGGCAGCGCCAUAAAUUGUCAGCCGCUAAAGAGCACCUCAAGAGUCUGUUUGGACAGAGUCCUAAUUCGUCAAACUCCAACCUGUCCAACACGGAACAGAAAGACAGUGCUACAGAGAGGAGGUCUCGCAUGCCCUCCAUGUGUCAGUGGAGUCAGGUGGGCCACAAUAAAAAGAGCAAGAUCAGUCGAGAAGAGCUGGAAAAAUGGGCGGAGUCCCUGAACGCCCUGCUGGUCAGCCAAACCGAGUUGUCGGGAGAGAAUUGGUGCUACACUAAUGCCGUACGUUUCGCUGGUGUUUCAGUGUUUGGAGCAUUCCUGCGCUCUGAGUUCAGCGAGGAGAACCUGCAGUUCUAUCUGGCCUGUGAGCAGUACAGACAGUCAUCCCACAACUUCAGCCUGCAAAGGAGGGCCAAGGAUAUCUCCGCCACCUACAUCCAACCAGGUGCUCCCCGGGAGGUGAACCUGGACAGUAAGACCAGGGAUCUGUCCAUCCAGCUGCUGCAGGCUCCCUCUCACGCCUCUCUGUCCCACGCACAGAAACGCAUCUACUCGCUCCUGGACACAGACUGUUAUCCCCGCUUCCUCCAGUCCAACAUCUACCUCUCCUUACUCCGAGAGGCUGACUAGAAGCAAUAUAUAGAUGACACACCUGGACUCAGGAGGGGAACAGUAGUUCAGUGGUUUCAAGGACAUAUUUUGUAAAAAGAAAGAAAGCUUAUUUUCCCAAAAUGUUAAACUAUUCUUUUAUUUGGCUACUCUUUGGCCCUGAGAAUGAAAAAUAAAUAUAGAUCAGGCAGUUCAGUUCAGUUUGUCUCCCUUUAAAUGACCUGUGAAACCCUGCAGCUCACUCAUUUGAUCAUUAAACAUCCUCCCUGUUAGCAGCUAAUGUUCCCAUGGUCCAAUAAGCCCAGUCUGAGUUUCCACUGCUGACGAAAAGGAAAAACAAGUUCAGCAAGAAUGAGCACUAUGCUGAAAAGGUCAAAGUACUAUGUGAGUUACUUAUUUGACAAAGAUGGGAAACCUGAGCUAAUGACUCUGAUGGGUAAAAUGACUACAGGGAAGUUGAGUUCUGUUCUCCACUGUUCAAACAAAGACAAACUGUGUACACAUACAAUAGAAAACCCUCAGUAAUUUAAGCAGAGUAUGUUGAGUAGCAUUUCCUUGACUGUUGGUUCUGUGAAAAAUGUCAACACCCUCACAGUAAUGAGGAAGAACAUUUGAGAGAAGCAGAACAGCGUAAGGUUUGAGAGUCUUAAAGAAAAUAAAUAAAAUGCAGUUUUGUA